AUGGCAGACGACGCGCCGACCUACCGGACCUUUGUCACUAGCUUCACCGAUUUCCUGACAGUGGCGGUUCACACCAUCAUUUACGAGCGUGGCAUCUACCCACAGACAUCUUUCUUAUCAGCACGAAAGUACAACUUCGCCGUAAGACAGAGUCGCCACCCAAAGGUCUGCGAGUGGAUCAAUGAUGCUGUGAUUGCAGUCGAGAACGAGCUCUUGAAGAGUGCCGUGGACAGGGUGGCGGUUGUGAUCUACAGCAAGGACAACAAGCCGCUGGAACGCUUCAUGUUUGAUGUGUCGCGCUUUCCAAUCGUGCCAGUCGCCGAGCUAGAUGUGCCAUUGCAAAGGCUUGAGUCUGAUGGCAGUAAAGCAAGCAUUCUACCUACGGUUGAUAUGGAGGAACAAUUCCGUGCCACCAUGAGCAGGCUGUCAAAUUGUGCCACUGACCUUGGAAAGCUGCCAAAGGGCUGUACGUUCACGAUCGCCAUCGAACUGAGAGGGGACGGGAAAGCACCGGUGGGUCAUCCCCAGCCAUGGGUGCCAGCCGAGGGUAAAACUAGGCAGGAUAAUGAAACAAGCAAGCACCACAAACAAGUCACACCCGUCAGAUCGAUCACAGCAGGCGACAUGGUAUUCGAGACUUGGAUCGAGGAACUCCAUAACAAGGAACCUGCGCUUCCCAGCAGUAUACAGUCGGAGUGA